AAUUCCACAACAUCAUCAUACCUUUCUUCAUCCUUUAAUGCCCACCUGGUCAGUUCUUAUAACGCAAUCCAAUUUUCACAUCGUUCUAAUCUAAAUCACAACAAAUUUUAUCACUUUUGAUCAAAACCCACAUACCAUGCAUUAAGUAAUUAAGUUCUAUUGCUGUUAACAUCAUGGAAGAUCAUAUAGAUUGUAUUAUGCAUGGCAUGCUUAGGUUAAUCACCAUACAGUUGCAUCAUAAUGUAACAGGAUGCUGGAUACCACAACAGAUUAUUUGUCCCCCAAAUGUUAAAACUGUUGAGAUUUUAGGGAUGGAAUUCGAGUGUUUGGAGUUAGAACUCAAAACUGAUUUACUACCACCUUUAACCUUCAAUUUCUUUUCAAUUUGCCUUUCUGUAAACGGAUUAUGCUCCAAUUCUGAUUCCACUGACAUUAAAUUGAGUUCUAGAACUUGGGACUUGAAAAUCUAUAAUGAUUAAACUCGUUUGUAUCGAAACUGAAGUAUAGCAUAUAGUGGAUAAUGAUAGCUGUGUGGAAUAUAUAGUAUUCUGUCUCACACUGGUUAUAUUCUAUAUUUCUUGUCUAACAGAAACCAAACAAGCUCCAUUUGAGCUCUCAGAAGAAGUGAAACUUUCGGAACGAAGAACAUACAUAGUGUAUAGUUGAGAUACAAUAUAUGAAUUGCAGCAGAACAUUAAGCUGGGUUUGAUGUAUAGAAAGAUGUUAGCCGAAGGGAUGAGUUAUAUGAAUCAAAUUGCAUAUAGAGAUCUCCAUUCACUAGCCCUCAUUAUUGCAGCAUGUUUUGUCCUAAUAGCGUUGCUUCUAUCAUCUGUUCUGAUUUUUCAGCAUCUCAAAUCAUAUACCAAUCCUGAGGAGCAAAAAUGGAUUGUAGCAGUUCUCUUUAUGGUUCCUGUCUAUGCCUGUGAUUCGGUAUGUAUCCACACUUUAUUGUUCCAGCCUUCCGGUCCAUAUUCUGUCCUUGUGGAAACCAGUGUUUUCUCUUGCUUGUGACAUCUUAAGAAGCUGCUACGAAGCAUUUGCUCUCUAUUCCUUUGGAAGUUACUUGAUUGCCUGUCUCGGUGGCGAAAGAAGAGUUGUUGAAUUACUUGAAAGUGAGAAAGAAAAACUGCUGAACAAGCCUUUGCUAGACGGGAAGGAUGUGAAACCGGAUUUAAAUCGAACAGCAAUAUGCAAAUUCUUCCGAAGACCACAUAUCCUUGGGGAAGAAUUGUUACAAAUAGAGAAAUUUGGACUAGUGCAAUACAUGAUUUUGAAGAGCUUUUGUUCAUUUUUGGCAACGGUAUUGGCGCUUUUCGGUGUAUACGGUGAUGGUGAGUUCAAGUGGUACUAUGGGUACCCCUAUAUUGCUGUUGUAAUUAACUUCAGCCAGAUGUGGGCGUUAUAUUGCCUCGUGAAGUUCUACCAUGUGACUCACGAAAGACUAAAACCAAUAAGGCCCCUUGCAAAAUUCAUUAGUUUUAAGGCCAUCGUGUUCGCAACUUGGUGGCAAGGUGUGGGCAUUGCGUUGUUAUGCUACCUUGAAGUUCUGCCUAAUCAAGGAAGAUUUCAGACCGCAUUGCAGGACUUUUUGAUCUGUAUUGAAAUGGCCAUUGCAGCAGCUGCUCAUGUUUUUGUGUUCUCAGCAAAGCCCUAUCAUUUUCUGUCUGCAUCUCAAUAUGGUGAACUAUCCUCCGAAACAACCAAAGAAGUGAAAGUAGAGGAAUCCAACGAGGAAAACUCCGCUGUGAUUGAAAAGACAGAGACAAAGGUUGAGGCUCCCGGAACAAGUGUCAGACAAAGUGUUCAGGAUAUCGUCGUUGAAGGUGGUCAACAUGUUGUUGAGGAUGUUAAACUGACUAUAAAUCAAGCAAUCGGACCUGUGGGGAAGGGCAUGACAAAGAUUCAAGAGACCAUCCACCAUUUAUCGGUUGGUGAUGAUGAUGAUGAUAAGAAAUCGGAAGUCGAAGUUGAUGAAUACGAACAAGAUGUUAAAAGAGUGACAUCUGAUGACAACAAUGAAAAGCUUGAAGUAAGAAUCGAGAAAAAUGAACAAGUUGCAAGAGUUGGAACUCCGAAGUGACACAUGAGGAAUCCAAGCAUGCACUCGAGUUAUUUUCGAAGUGAGGGUGUCUGGGAGAAUCGGAGAAUUAUCAAGGUUUUUCGCUGCCAGAAGGGUGGGGUAGUUUCUCAUCCAAAUGCCCUUUUUCGUUGCAGUUGAAGCAAACUGCAUCUUCGGGAAUCUUCCCUUUACCCAUUGCAUUGGUGGAACUUCCAAUCUUUGCCUUUUCCUUUGCAACUCUCAACCCUUGUGCAGACCCUACUUUUGAGUGGAAUAUACCAGGCAUCUUUGGUCUGGCUUUAUUUGGAUGUCCGUUCAUGAUGUGGAAACUACGUUUUAUAUAAACGAUUAAUUGCUUGUGGCAGUUUCCGACAAAGAGAGAAAUAGCACUAGAGAACGCUUUCAUCAAUUUCAUUGUCGUACGAUUUCAC